AUGUUCAAACGGCUCGCCUUCUCGUAUCCUGAAUGUGGAGACUGUCUGACUAUGGCUUUGGUGACUGCUUCUGGACCUUUAGGUCUGUCUGCGUUCUUUCCCCCAAAGGGUACCACUUUCGAAAAUCAGCCUCUUGCUCCCGGUCAAUCGUAUCCACGUUAUCUGCCACCACCACACUUGCCUCUCACACCGACGUGGCAUGAAGCAGACUUUUCCUUGGAGACUGUCAUGUCAACGACGGCUCUUCCUGGAGAAUCUGUCAACUUGCGAGAGUUCACCAUGAAGCUGCUUUCACGAUAUCAAUAUUUGUCUGCCAAAUCCGUAUCACAUUUCCAUAUGCUUAAAUCGGCUGAGCAUGCUCACAGAGUGUUCAAGAUGAUUCAAGAUAAUCCUCAAGUCAGUAUAUUAGGGCUCAACGAUGACAUUGAGGAAGACUACGAGGAAGUCAAGGACAUCAUGCAGGAAUGGUUCGAGCUGAGAUGGCCAAAGAAGGCCGUGUGGGAACGAGAUUGGGAUCCUGUCAAGGACAAAUUAGAGGAUUGA